CCGUGAUCUCGGUGAGCUGAGCUGAGGUAGCUGAGCAAUUGUUGGUGAGAUGUGUCUAAGUUUUGUAAUUAAAUUAAAACUUGCACAGCAAUUGCGCACACUCCAUUUUCAUUGAAAUAGGGUGCGAGGGAAUUAGUGUUUUCUUCUGUCAAACGCUUUCUUGGCUGGGCCUUAUCAGUGAGUGGCGCGUAACAGGUCAACAGUGAGCUGGCACAACCAGUCAGUAAGUAAUGGAGUCUGUGUUCUCUGCCAUGAAUGUGGAGCUGCUGUCGGCUUGCAGCGCUCUGGGAUGCCUAGAGGGGAGCACCUAUCAGAAGGAACCCGACUGCCUUGAGACAUUGAAAGAUCUGAUUCGUUUCCUUCGUCGAGAGGAUGAGACGUGCGACAUCCGUCGCCAGCUUGGCAAUGCACAGAUUCUCCAGAAUGACCUUUUGUAUAUCACCAAGCAGUACCACAAGGAUACCGAGCUGUUCGAAACUUGCAUAAGGCUUCUAGUUAACCUAACUCAAUCACCAGAGAUAUGUUUUCAAAAAGUCCCCGAGGACAAGAUGUUCCGGAAUUACUUCCUGGAGGUCCUCUCUCACCUGCAGUCCUACAAGGAGGCAUUUGCUGACGAGGAGCUGAUGGGACUCCUGGCCCGCAAGCUGAAGAAACUCUUGGACUUGGAGUGGGAGAGCCGUCGUGAGGAGCACACCUUACUCAUGGAACGGAUUCUGCUUCUCAUUAGAAACAUCCUCCAUGUUCCUGCAGAUCCUGGCUAUGAAAAGCGCACUGAUGACGAUGCCAGCGUCCAUGACCAGGUUCUGUGGGCGCUCAAUAUGAGCGGCAUGGAUAAACUGAUCCUCUACAUUGCCAGCUCGGAAGCUGAACAGCAGUGGUGUAUGCAUGCUGUGGAAAUCAUCUCUCUCAUGUUCCGAGAACAGACCCCAGAACAAGUUGCCAAGGCUGGGGAGGCACGAUUGGCCAGUGAGCGACAGAAAGAUGAGCAGGAACUGGAGAUGAUCCGACAGCGGGAGCUGGCUGAGAAGAGAGCAAAGAUCAUGGUCAGCAGUGCAAGGCACUCUCGUUUCGGUGGAACAUUCUGCGUGAAGAAUAUGAAAUCCAUCAGUGACCGAGACAUCAUAUACCAUGCCGCUGUUCAGAAGUCCAGCAACAUCACCUUUGACACCAAGAAGGAACCCAAGAAGAAACCCAAGAACCGGAUGCCAAUGAAGGACACGUCGCUCACACGAAGGUCAACCUUGAGUAUUCGCCUUUUCCUCAAAGAAUUUUGCGUUCUGUUCAUUGAGAACUGUUACAAUCCCCUCAUUCAUGCCGUCAAGGAUCACAUCAUGCACCAACAUGCCCAAGAACACGACGACUCCUUCUACCUGUGGGCCAUGCGCUUUUUUAUGGAGUUCAGCAGACUUUACAAAUUUCGAGUAGACAUUGUCAGUGAAACGUUAUCUGUUCAAUCGUUUUUCUACGUCCAAACCCAAAUUAUCAAAUAUUUGGACAUGAUGACAGCAGACAAGAAGGAAGCUCAUGCUUGGUCCAAAAGAAUGCACCUUGGUCUGAAAGCCUACGGCGAGCUGGUAGCUAGUGUGGAUGCCAUGACGCACUCCAGUGACCCCAAGAUCAGGGAGUCAGCCAAGGUCAUCCAGAGCAACAUCUUUUACGUGGUGGAGUAUCGGGAGGUGUUCCUGACCCUUCUGAAGAAGUACAACGAGGUCUAUUGCACGAGAUCCUUCUUAAAAGACUUGAUAGAGACCACCCACUCUUUCCUUAAGAUGUUGGAGCGAUACUGCAAAGGCAAGAACACCAUCAUGGUUCAGAAAAAGAAACGCAAGCAAAGUCGCCGCAGGCGGCGCCCAACAGCUCAGCGACAGCAGCAACAGAUAGAGCAGCCUGGCGAGGAUGAGGAGGAACUCAAUGCAUCAUGGGAUAACGUAACCUCUGACCUAUCAGCCAUGUUGCAAGGCCGGGAGGACAUUCCAGAGAAUGCUGUGCCAUUUGAUGCCGCUUCGGAGCUACCAGUUGAAGAACAAAGGUCGGAUGCCAUGGUCCGCAUUCAGCACAGCCUCCAUACGGGUCAGCCCGGGGAUGCCAUUGCUCUGCUUCGCGCCGCCAGGGAGGUGUGGCCAGAGAACGACAUCUUUGGGGCAGCAGACAUCGGCCCAGAGGACGAGUUCAUGGCACUACGGGAGAUCCACUUCACAAACCUGAACGUUGUUGCUCCAACACCGCCUGUAGAGGAAGCAGACGAGGAGAAUGAAGAGGAAUUUGAGGAUGAAGAAGAUGAACUCCUUGAAGCAGAGAGACAAGACAGGGCAGAGGAAGAGUUCAAUUUGAAGGUUUUCAUAAACAAAUUCAGCCAUCCAGAUGUAAUCUCCUGCUACGUCCAGCUCCUGAAAGAUUACCGCAACAACUCCGCCACCACCAACCACUGCAUCGUCAAGAUGCUGCACCGGGUUGCCUGGGACUGCGACAAGACGCCCCUGCUCUUCCAAAUCUCCCUCUUCAGGAUAUUCCAGAAGAUUGUGAAUGAUCCCAUCUCAUCAACAAGUAGCAUGAAGGAGACAGUGAAGUUCUCCAAAUUCGUUGUGGCCAAGUUCUUUGAGAUGGCAGCCUCCAAUCCCAAGAUCUUCAUGGAACUGUUGUUUUGGAAGGAUGCCAAAGACCUCUUUGAGAUCAGCGAGGGAUACGGAGCAGUCAUGGAGAAAAAGAGCAAGAAGUCUUCUGUCGAGUGGCGUGAGGAGGAGCAGCUUGAAUUGGUCCAGCUGUAUGAGGAGUACAAGGAGACGAUAGAAGGGGACAAAGAUGUCGUGGACCACAUCAUGGAACACAUCAUCGAUGACAGCAGGACAAGGAGACAGAUUAUCACUCAGCUGCAGAGGCAAGGAAUCAUUGAUAGUGCAGCCGACUUGAAGCGGAAAAAAGGAGCCAAACGAGUUACCAUUUGGCGAGAGGACCAUGAAUUUGAGCUUCGGAAUCUGUUUGAACAACACAAGGGCUCUGACGACAUUCUCGGCAACAUCAUGAAUGAUAUGACAGAAAAGCGCUCCAAGGCCAAAGUGAUCGACAAGCUCCUGGGCCUAGGGCUGGUCCAAGAUCGCAAGGAGCUGCAUAAGAAACGAGGCAAGGGAGGAGGCAGGACGGAAAGGAAGAGACGCAGCCGCCACGGCAACAGUGAUGAGGACAGCGAUGAUGGUGGCAGCAGCAAUGACAGAAAUUUUAUUGAUGAUAUGGAUGAAGAAGACGAGUUUGAAGGAUUCCUGGCCCAGCACUCCAAACCGGACACCCAAGAGACUUCAGCUUACCACAACGAGACGGAAAGUGAAUCCAGUUGCUCCAGUGACGAGGCUAGCAGUGAUGAUGACGUGGAUGAUGCAGGAGGAAGCGGGGAGAAGACACUCAGCAGUAUCGUCAGGAAGCUCCAGGAGAAAGGUUUGGCAGAGCAAAUUCUCUGGAUACAGGGAGGUCUGAGAAGCACUGCCGACGACAGGGAAAAAGAAAGGGAUGAGCAGGCAAUCCCCAUCGUGCCUCUUACUGAAGAGAAUGGAGAUGCCAUGGACAGCAAGCUGUUCCAGCAAAUGCUUAAGAUGGUCGGCAUUUCUCCUCCCAGUGGUCAUGAGGAAACCUUCUGGCGCAUCCCAGGUCACCUUGACCCAGAACAGCUCCGGCAGGGAGCAGACUCCAUCCAGCCCCAGGAGGGGGUUGCCGAAUCGGCUGCUGAGCGCAAGAAGAAGUCCAAUCCCAGGUAUAAGGCCCUGAAGGAGAUGGCGAGGCAGCGGAGACGAGAGAAGAAAGUGCCCGGGGAGCGACGAAGGAGGAGAGACUGUCGAGAGGAGCUCCCCGUCACCGAAGUGGUUAACAGGGUCAUCAUGGAUGACGAUAGGUUGCCAACGGCAACAGAGCAAGGCACAGAGAGCGUCAGCGAUGGCGGAGGAACGGCCAGCAAGAAAAUAUCGCCAGGGUCUGGUCAGAGGAAAAGUCGGGUCAAACGAGCACUGCAGAGCGAUUCAUCUGAUGAUGAAAGUGCCAUUGAGUCACCACCAAAGAGUGACCCAGUCACCAGCGAGACUGAGCUGCCUACUAUGAGUAAGCCUGCUGCCAAACGAAGCCGUCUGCUGCUGUCCAGUGACAAUGACAGUGACAGUGAAACUGGCGCAGCCAAGACCGGAGUUUCCCAGAUGCAUUCACAAGAGACACCAGAAGUCAGCCAGACUCAUGCCUAUUUCCCAACAACAGAUCUAGUGAUGGACUGUGACACACAGGAUUCAGAUGAUGACAUGCCGCUCCACCGGGUUGCUAGGCGACGCAUCGUCGAGUCAGACAGUGAUGAAGAUUAGCUUACAUUAGGUCGUUCUCUGCAUCUGUACAGUAACCAUAUUGCACAUACACAAAGUAUUUAGUAGUAGAUACAAGUUCAUAAAAAGUAAGGGAAAUUAACCACUAAUCAAGUCAUUAACAGCAUUCAGUUGGAGAAAUUGGCAAUUUUGUUUUAGCCAAAAACCUCAACUGGUAUAAAAUUAAUGUAUUUUACCUUCAAAAAAUUCAAAGGACAUUCAACAAGCCUCGACAAGGAUGCAGUGCUGGUCAAAUACAUUGAUUGUUUCAUAGCACUUUGAAAAAAGGAUUUCUUUUCAAGUUCUCGGAGGAAUACUCUGUAAUUUUGCUGAAGAGUAUUUUCUUCUGUUAAUAAUUAUACACGCUAGUACUAAUUUGAAAAGUUCUACCCAGCUGUGUUGGAAAAAUGCUGUUGUAAAAUUACCAUUUCAUGAAUGAACUGAGGGUCACUCUCAGGAAAAAAAAAACACAUUUCCAUAUCUUGUGCCAGUACUCGGCUCUGCUACUUAUUUCUUCACUAAGGACUUAUUCCUGGAGGAUUUGUGUCGGCCAGUUUUCUUUGAUAAGUCCCAUAGUGUGCGGUUAGAUAGGUACUGAGAACAAAAAAUAGCACGUGAUACUCUGUAUACCAAAACUAGGGGUAUGAUUUCUCUGGACUUUUUCAGGUUUCAGGAUUUUACAGGUUUAAGUAUUCAAGUUUGUGAGUACUUUGCACUUUUUUACAAUAAAGCCAAGUGUCGGAUUGGCAUAAACAUAGCCAUUAUAUUGCUUACAUUGUGACAAGCCGCUCCACUGGAUGCUUCGCUUUAUUUCACUUCUCCCAAGCUGUAUCCUAUUCUGAAUAUGAUAUCGUUUUGUGAGAACAAAUUAGUUUCUCUCUCUUGACAAAAGGGUAAAAAUGGAUGAUCACUUCAAUAAAUGUUUACAAAUAGAA